AUGAAGAAGCGAGCCAAUGAGGUGUUGGAGCCGGAUGAGCCUCUGUGCUGCUGUGAGUUUGUGGACCUUCAGGGGGGGCGGAGCCAUGUGGCAGCCUGCUGCUGUGACUGUGAGGACCUGGACGAUGCCUGUGACAGAUGGCUGAAGAAAGAGCCCCAGAAGGCAGAUUCACUGUCCCGUCUGGUUACCAUGGUGAGCGACCGCCUCCGUGUUCCCUGGUUCUGGGGCGGAGCCCGGCGUUUUGAUCUAUCGGUGCUGCCCCCGCUGCUCCUACUUCCUGUGCUCCUACAUAUCGCAGCCCUUCACUUCCUGUUGGGCAUGGUGGUUCUGACUGCUCUACCGGUACUGGUUCUAUGGUACUACUACGUCACCCACCGUAAGAAGGGCCGGACUCUGUUCUUCCUCAGCCUGGCCCUGUUCUCCCUGGGCUACAUGUACUACCUCUUCCUCACCGAGGUCUUCCCCAGGGGGGGUGUAGGGCUGACCCAGCUGGGUACAGUGACCCUGGGAGUGGCCCUCACUCUGGCCUCACUCAUCCACACCAAGAGAGAGCCCGGCUACGUACGGCCUCACACGGCCGACGUCCACAGCACGGUGACCUAUCACAGCUCACCUCCGGACAGAGACCCCGCCCACACCAGCCUCAACGGGGUUGGGCAGGAAGUAGUGCUAGCCAAUCGCGGGAGUGGGUCGGAGCAGCAGGGCCAAGGGGUGGAGCAGAGGGAGAGUGGGCGGAGCAGGAAGUGGUGCUCUCUGUGCAGGGUGGUGCGGCCCCCCAGAGCGGGACACUGCAGGAUCUGUGGUGUCUGUGUCCUGAGGCUGGACCACCACUGUGUCUGGAUAAACAGUUGUGUCGGCCAGGCCAAUCACUGCAGCUUCCUGUCGACACUCCUCCUCUUUCUGUUGACCUCUCUGUAUGGAAUCAGUCUGGUGCUGCGCAGCGUGUGUCCCCAACAGAACCUGCUCAGCGCCUUGCUCUACUGCCCAGGCGUCUACAAUCAGUACAGCUCGGCACUGUGUUUCACCUGUGCGUGGUACAGCAGCAUAGUGACGGGUGGCCUGCUACACCUUCUGGUCCUGCAGCUCAUCAACGUCAGCUACAACGUGACGGAGCGAGAGGUGCGCGCCGCCCUCCGAGACAAGACCGCCCGCAGCCACUACUGGGGCCUCGUCGUAGACACGGGAGUCUACUCACAUGGUUUCCGUGGCAACUGGGCAGAGUUCCUGACAAUGGGAGAAGGCCUGCACACACCCUCACCCAGUCUCACUGACUUGGUGUAGCUGAGCUGCUCAUCAUCGUCAUUACAUCUUUAGAAGUGAUUGAUCAAUUGGACGAUCCAGGUAGAAGUUGCCCACAGAAACAGAUCUAGGAUCAUUUUACCCUCAUACCACAGGAGGCGGCUGAGGGGAGUGCGGCUCAUAAUAAUGGCUGUAACGGUGCAAAUGGAAUGGCAUCAAACACGUGGAAAUCAUGUGUUUGAUGUAUUUGAUACCAUUCCACUAAUGCUGCUCCAUCCAUUACGACGAGCCCGUCCUCCAAUUAAGGUGCCACCAACCUCCUGUGCCUCAAAGAAUCCUGACUUGAACCGUUAGGGGGAAGAACACAAGACAGACCUUGGGUCAGUGUCUAGGGGUAACUUCACCCUCAGUGAUAUGGGCUAGAGUUGAAGGAUGCAUCUGAUGUACUGUCUUUCACCAACAGAUGGCAGCAUAUCUCCACUCCUCAGACUUCUGACUGCCAUCACCUUACAUUUACAUUACAUUUAAGUCAUUUAGCAGACGCUCUUAUCCAGAGCGACUUACAAAUUGGUGCAUUCCACUUAUGACAUCCAGUGGAACAGUCACUUUACAAUAGUGCA